UUAAGGGCCUUAAAACGCUCAGAAAACGAAGGCCCUGGUGUCCCUAUACAGCCUCCAGUGAACCAACCUAGGGCAGGACGGAUCGACAAAACCUACCUGAAAACUGCACUGAGAAUCUCGAGAGAUUUGGAGUUUUUCUUCUUGUUAAUCGCCUGGCCAUGUGGUGUUGUUUACUCUAACCGUACUUUCGAUUUGGAUGGUCGAGCAACGUUCUUCGCAGGAGUCUCCACAUUUUGUUGGGUAAUGGUGAUAGUCCUCCAAAUUGUGUUAAUGCUUGGCAUCCACAAAGACCGGCGAUACUUGAGGACACCAUCAUAUUCCACACUGAUAGUGACUGUACAAGUCCUCAUGACCAUACUUCUCAUCGCUAGUACUACAAGCCUGAUUAUGGUCGGUGUCGACUUGUUUAAAGCUGACAAAGCUUACCGUGAUAAAUACGGUGAAGGCAGACCUGGUGACCACUUAAACAAUAUACUGCUCGGUUCCGCCUUUUUUUGUGAUUCGUUGACCUGUUUGAGUUUCUUGGAAGACAUCCCACAAGACACAAGAAUGUACAGAUUGCAAAGAGCAAAGGAAAUUGCUGAGGCUGAUGAUUCCCAGUAGCCUCUUAACUGAACUUCAACUGCGGCAGCCUGGAUCAGCGACAACGCUGCCAGUUUACUAAAUUUGUAGAAGACAGCUUUGUUUGAAAGCGCGUCCUUAGCUUUGAUUGAUUUUUGUUGGUUAGCU